AUGAAUAAAGGAUAUAUUAAGAUUUCUUUGGCAUUUUUAAGUCUCGUAGGAUAUAUGCAAAAUGUAGCAUUUGCAUCUGAACGUGCUGCAAAUUUUGCUAAUAAGGCCGACUCCGACCUCCAUGAAACAGUAUUUGAUAAAUACAGAGGCUUUGUAUGUUAUGACAUUUAUGAAAUUUCGGAAGCAAUGGAUCAUGCAAAAAAUGCUUCAACACUUUUACUAAAACUUUCUGAGACUGGUACAGACAGUUAUUCGAGCUUUUUUAAAGGAAAUGGAAACAACAUUAUAUAUUUUAAGAAAAUUGGAAAUAUGGAUAUUGGAAGAUUUCAGUUUACGAUCCCAUUUGCCUAUAAGUACUCUGAUAUAAUAAAGGAACUCUGGGAUUUCAAUGAUAUCCAAAAAUACAAUUACAAGUUUAUUAAGGGAAAUCUUGCUCGUGUAUACUCCAAAAAUAUAAUCAUGUUUGAAAAACUUAUCACAGAUUCUAAUUAUACACCCCUCAUAAAAAAAUAUAUUUUAGCCGCAAAAGUUAAACAUUCAAAUGACACAACUGUAAUUCUUUGUCCUUCAAGAGCUCUAAAUUAUCUCGGUAUAAUUGGUGAUGAACCUAAUAUGAAAGAAAUAUUAAAAAAUACACAACCAAUCGAAACUGACAUUGAUCCUGAGGAAGCAUUAACCAAAUUGGAUACUAACAUAGCCGGUUUUGUAGUUAAAAAAUGCAACAACGGCGUUCAAAUUACUUAUAUCAACGCUGUUUAUGAUAGUGGAAAUUCUAUCGAGUAUGCAUACGAUAAAAGAGAUAUAUAUUUUGUAUAUAUGAAUAUCCUAAGCUUAGAACAACGUAUUUGA